UCAUCUUUCCUUUCUCGUCAUUUCGACCCGGAAGAAAAAAAAACCCCGCAAAAAGUCAGGGAAAGAGCCACCAAACUUUCAAUCAUAAUUUCAAAAAUUCAUCCUCUUCCUCGUGGAUUCUGCUACCAGCGGCUGCUGCUGCCAGCGAAGCUUACAGUAACAAGGAGACACAGCGCCGUCACCACCAGCAAAGCUUAUCUUAGACAAACCAUGGCCGUCGCGGCAAUGGCCGGGGGCGUCGAUUCGCUGAGCGACCGAGCCGCCAAGAUGAAAGAAGCUCUUCUCAAGAGCCAGACCAUCACCGAGAACGUCGUCUCCAUUCUCGGCUCCUUCGACAGCCGCCUCUCCGUCCUCGAGACCGCCAUGCGUCCCACUCAGAUCAGGACGCAUGCUAUAAGGAAGGCUCAUGAGAACAUAGAUAAGACUCUCAAGGCUGCUGAGGUUUUAUUGGCUGAAUUUGACAUCUCUCGACAGGCAGAGGCACAAAUAUUGAGGGGACCGCAUGAGGACCUUGAAAGUUAUUUGGAAGCUAUUGAGCAGCUGAGAAAAAAUAUUCGAUUCUUCAGCAGUAGCAAAGGCUUUAAGAGUGGGGAUGCAGUGCUCGAUAAUGCAAAUACUUUACUUGCUAAAGCCAUAUCAAAGCUAGAGGAUGAAUUUAAGCAGCUACUUGUGUCUUGCAGCAAACCUGUGGAGCCUGAUCGUCUUUUUGAGUGUCUUCCUGAAUCAAUGCGACCUUCUGCUGGAUCUCCUGCAAACCAUGGGGACCCUAAUGGCCUAGGUCCUCAUUCCCAUAAUCAUUCCGAGCAGCAAAACAGUAAUGCAGAGGCAGCCAGUUUUAAACCCCUUGUCAUGAUACCCCCAAGAACUGUACCUUUGUUGCACGAUCUGGCCGUACAUAUGGUUCAAUCUGGGCACCAGCAGCAAUUGCUAAAGACUUACAGGGAUACACGAUCCUCAGUUUUGGAAGAAAGCCUUAGGAAAUUGGGAGUUGAAAGACUGAGUAAAGAAGAUGUUCAAAAGAUGCAAUGGGAGGUCUUGGAAGCAAAGAUUGGGAAUUGGAUUCAUUUCAUGCGGAUCGCAGUCAAGAUCUUGUUUGCUGGAGAAAGGCGACUUUGCGAUCAAAUCUUUGAUGGGUUUGAUUCUCUGCGAGAUCAAUGUUUUGCCGAAUGCACAGGCAAUAAUGUGUCAAUGCUUCUCAGUUUUGGAGAAGCCAUAACCAAAAGCAAGAGAUCACCAGAAAAAUUGUUCGUGCUUCUAGACAUGUAUGAGAUUAUGCGAGAACUUCAUUCAGAGAUUGAGUCAGUUUUCAGCGGUAAAGUUUGUGCUGAAAUUAGGGAAUCUACAUUGGGCUUGACAAAGAAGCUUGCCCAGACAGCUCAAGAAACUUUUGGCGAUUUUGAAGAAGCUGUUGAGAAGGAUGCAACUAAAACAGCUGUACUGGAUGGAACUGUUCAUCCCUUGACUAGCUAUGUUAUUAACUAUGUAAAAUUCCUUUUCGACUACCAAUCGACGUUGAAUCAACUCUUCCGAGAAUUUGAAACUGGGGGGGAGACAGUUUCGCAGUUAGCUACUGUGACCAUGCGAAUAAUGCAGGCUCUUCAAACCAAUUUGGAUGGAAAGUCUAAGCAGUAUAAAGAUCAAGCUUUGACGCACCUGUUUCUGAUGAACAAUAUUCACUAUAUGGUCAGAUCUGUCCGCAGAUCUGAAGCCAAGGACUUGUUGGGAGAUGAUUGGGUUCAACGACACAGAAGAGUUGUGCAGCAACAUGCAAAUCAAUACAAAAGGACUGGUUGGGGAAAGAUUCUUCAAUGUGUCUCUGCUCAAGGCCUAACUUCAUCCGGAGGAAGUUCUUCAGCACCGGGUGAGAGUGGAAGUGGCAGCGGUGCUUCAAGGGGAUUGGUGAAAGAGAGGUUCAAGAUCUUCAACGUGCAGUUUGAGGAACUCCACCAAAAACAAUCUCAGUGGACGGUACCUGACACCGAGCUGCGAGAAUCUCUGAGGCUCGCGGUCGCUGAAGUCCUGUUACCUGCUUACCGAUCUUUUGUAAAGCGUUUCGGGCCACUGGUGGAGAGCGGGAAGACCCCACAGAAGUAUAUAAAGUACACGGCUGAGGACCUGGAGAGAAUGCUUGGUGAGUUUUUCGAGGGCAAGACGCUGAAUGAACCGCGGCGGUAGAUGCUUUAAGAAGUCGAGACCACCUCAUCGGUUUCCCUUCCCUGGUUUUUGCUCUUUUUUGGCUGUUGUAAAUUUGAUAGGAAGGGGACUGUGUGGGCUCUCUAGGUUCUAUAGUGUUGCUAUGAUGCUUUCUCCUUGCGUGAUCUGUUCCAAAGUCGGCUGCGAAAUAUGAAAGGGGCCUCUUGUAUGUAUCCAUCCUGCUUCUUGUUUGUUCUGUAAAGGUAGAGAAAAGCCAGACUGUUCGUUUAUUCUUCGGGCGAGGCUUGCGUUAAAACGAAGCCAGACCAGGUCCUAGACGACCGCAAAGGUGUAGAUUGGUGAAAGUUAUUUCUUAAUUUCAUGUGUACUGAACUCUUUGAGUGUUGUAUGUACAGUUUGGAAGAACAUGAUUGCCUCUGAACUUCUUCCUUGCUGAUUCUACAUGCUGGUUGAAAACGUUACAUGAACGAGUAUCAAGUAAGGAGCAGCAUUGCCUGGUUGGUGCCUAUUUCGUUGGAGACAUGGCAGCCCAUAUUAGGGCUUACAGCGUCGGUAAUGGUC